AACUCUUCGGAUUGUCUACCGUCACCUCAAGCACCCACAUUCAUAUAUCACACUUCAAGAUGUCCUCAGGUAACAAGGGAGCUACUGGCGGCACUGCCGUCGGCAAGGCAAAGGCCAAGCCAGCCGCGCUCAAGGCCGCUGCAGCCAAGAAGGCCGCUCUGCACGGUGUCUCUGGCAACAAGAUCCGCAAGGUCAGGACGUCCGUCACCUUCCACCGACCUAAGACCCUCCGCUUGGCUCGUAAGCCUAAAUACUUGAGGAAGAGCGUUCCUCACCUCCCUCGCAUGGAUGCGCACACCACUGUGCUCUUCCCUCUGAACACUGAGAGUGCUAUGAAGAAGAUCGAGGAGGAGAACACUCUCGUCGUCAUCUGCGACCGUCGCGCAAACAAGCGUCAGAUCAAGGCAGCCGUAAAGAAGCUGUACGACUGCGACGCGCAAAAGAUAAACACCUUGAUUCGUCCGGAUGGCAAAAAGAAGGCAUUCAUCAGGCUGACUGCAGACCAGGACGCUCUCGACAUGGCCAGCCGCGUUGGUUUGCUCUAAGGCACUCGUCCGGUCGUAGGUGCAUCGCAUCAGCCACAGUCUCUUCUUCUACGCCAUCAUGAUCAUCAAGCCUUGCGAGGUCGUUCGCAACCACAUGUAUUCCACGACUUGAACUCCAAAAUGCACCCCCAAGUUGAUCGAAAGAUCGCUUGGUCACGCACCUUGCACGUCAAGUGUGAGGUUCAAAGCCCUUGACCACAGAGCGCAGCAAGCCUCGACUUGGCGGGGUUGCGUGCUUUGCUUGUGAGGCGAACGUGUGAUAGCUUGUGUCGGUAAGGUCCAAGCGAACUGUUGAAUGGGCUCUCUUAGGUGUCGCUAAGAAAUCCACUGGCGUGGAUUCGAUUUUCAGCGUGUCUCCUCUUGUGUCUAGUAGGCGCACUUAUAUUCUUUGAGUCCCCAGUUCAAUGCGAUGAAAUUCACAUGCG